UUAUGCUUGUAACCAUGUAACAAAUAUUUUAGUCAGAGUUCUGAUGUGAUAAAACAUCAAAGAAUCCACACUGGGGAGAAACCAUAUAAAUGUGAUGUGUGGGGGAAAGCCUUCAGUCAGAGCUCAGAUCUUAUUCUGCAUCAGAGAAUCCACAAUGGGGAGAAACCAUAUCCAUGUAAUCAGUGUGGCAAAAGUUUCAGUCAGAAUUCAGACUUUAUUAAACAGUGAAGGGUCCACACUGGAGAGCUAUAAAUGUCAUGAAUAUGGGAAAGCUUUUAAUCAGAGCUCAGUCCUUAUUUUACAUCAGAGAAUUCAUAUUGGAGAGAAACUCUAUCCCUGUGAUCAAUGUAGCAAAACCUUCAGAAGACUUUCAGAUCUUAUUAAUCAUCAACGAAUUCACACUGGAGAGAGGCCUUAUCCAUGUAAUCAGUGCAAUAAAAUGUUUUGUCGAAGAUCAGAUCUUGUUAAACAUCACAGAAUUCAUACAGAUGAGAAACCCUAUGAAUGUGAUCAAUGUGGGAAAGCCUUUAGUCGGAGCUCCAACCUCAUUCUUCAUCAGAGAAUCCACACUGGAGAGAAACCUUAUCCCUGUAGGGAUUGGACUAAAAGCUUUAGUCACGGUCCAGAUCUUGUUAAGCAUCAAAGAAUACACACUGGAGAGAAACCAUAUGCAUGUAAUCAGUGUGAUAAAAGAUACAGUCAAAGCUCAGACCUCACUAAACAUCAGAGAGUACACGCUGGUGAAGCCUUACAUUGUAAUAGUUGUGAGAAAGCCUUCAGUAAGAGUUUUGACCUUAUUCUUCAUCAGAGACUCCACACUGGAGAAAAACCUUAUCCAUGCGCACAGUGCAGCAAAAGGUUCAAUCACAACUCAUACCUCAUUAAACAUCAGAAAAUACACACUAGGGAAAAACCAUAUAAAUGUAAUGAGUACAGGAAGGCUUUCAAUCAGUGUUCAGCCCUACACCAGAGAAUCCACACUGGUGAGAAACCAAAUCCAUGUGAUGAAUGUGGCAAAAGCUUUAGUCGGCACUCUGAUCUCAUUAAUCAUUGAAAAAUACACACUGGUGAGGUGAAAAGACAUGUAAGUGUGAUGCAUGUGGGAAAGCCUUUAGCACAUGCACAGAUCUAAUUGAACACCAGAAAAUCCAUGGUGGGGAGAAACACUAGUAUGUUCAGUACAGCAGAAGUUUUAGCCAACUCUUCGAACUUACUAAUCAUGAGGAAGACCAUUGUGGGGGA